AUGCCGGAGGUGAGGAUGGAGGCUGCCGUGGGGAGGCAGAAUGCGGCGGCUGUCGGCUGCGCUGCUAAACCGGCUCCCGAUCCUCAGGAAUUUCCGCCGCUCUUCGAGCCGAAGGCGACAGGAUGCAAGCCGAAGAAAAGGCAAAAGCAGAAGCCGCUGACGAAGAAGGAGCAGGAACUGCAGCAGAUAAAGAAGAUGCUGAAGCAGGACAAAGACCACGUGUACCGCUGGAAUGGGAAGGCCCUGGUGAGGGAGAAGAAAAAAUUCACAUUCCCGCCUUGGGAUCACACCAACAUCAUCGAGCAGAGGUCACUGCCCACGGACGUGAAAAACAUUUACCUCGCCAUGGCCAAGGUCCCGGCCGAGGACUGGCCCAAAUACCAACGCCUCACAGACGACAUGCUAAAAAUUAAAUUCUCAUCGAGUCCCGGCAUGCACGUUCCCGCCCUCAACCCCUGCGUCCUGGUGAUUUACCUGACUCCGAAAUGGAAGGCGGAGAAGCUGAAGCGGAGAGCGAUGGCAAAGGGAGCCGAGUCGUCCUGCCGGAUUUACUCGUCCAGAAAGGAGCUCCUCGACCUUAAGCUGGAGACCAAGUCAACCAAAUAUCGGGAAGCAAGCCGGCCGGUGAGCCCCGAGACUCAACUCCAGCAGCACCGACAGAGGUGGACGGCGAGGCUGGAACUCGGGAGCCUCACCGCGGAGGAGGAGGAAAGGUACCAGUACUACAUGGAGAACAUGGUGGACGAUGAUCUCGUCUCCAUGGAGCCUGCAUACAAAAUCAUCAAGGCGGCGAGGAGGAGAAUCUCAGAGCGUCUCUUGCAAGGCCCUCGACGGCAGUUCAGCCUGCAGAACAUGAUCUCGGAGCUCGAAGUGAUGUACAAGCUGAGCAUGCGGCGAGCCAUAUUGGAGCACGUGUUGAGGCACCCGAGCCAAAGACGACGGCUUCGGCUGCGACGUCUCCCUCCCACCUACCGGCCGUGCACGCUCAAGGCACCCGUUCCGUGGCACACCACUUUCACCAUCGCCAAGGACUUCGCCCGACAUCACUCGUUCGUCACCAAUCCCAUCCUCUCCAGGCUGAGGAAUCUCUUCCUCGACGAGUUCUCCCACGUGCGGAUGUUCAGCCGAUCCAAGCUGACCGAACGCAAGGACUCGAUCCCCAUGUCACCAGAUGCCUUCGAGGCGCAAGUGAAGCAGCAGUGCGAGGAGGCGCGAACGGUCCUCGUCCAACAGUGA